AUGCUAAAUUUUAAAAACAUACCAUUUUUAUUUUCAAAUAAAAUUUGUAGAAAUAAAAUUCUCAAUACUAAUUCAGUUUAUAACAUAAAUAAAUUAAAUAUUAAUACACUAAAUAAAUUUUUAGAUAUUUUAGAAUUUGAAGGAGAAGAUAUCGAAUAUACACGUAUUGAUGAGCUCAGUAAAUAUAUUGAAGUUGUUAAAAUAAAUGAGAAUCCAACUAAUAAAACUAAAUAUUAUGGUUAUGAUUUCACUGAUAUAGACAAAUUUUUUGAUGAAAAUGGUAAUAUAAAAAUAUAUUCUAAACAAGCUAUAAGUAAGAAUGACGUUAAGGAAUACAUUCACAUUCCACCAUUUGUGCUAACAAAGUUAUGUGAAUAUGCAUUUAAAGAAAUAUUAUUUUUUUUAAAUAAGAAGCAUUUAAAUCAAUUACAAACUAUACUGAAUGAUAAAGAAUCUAGUAAAAAUGACAAAUAUGUUGCUAUGACUUUAAUAAAAAAUGCUGUUAUAAGCUCAGAAAGGCUUUUACCAGGUUGUCAAGAUACUGGUACUGCGAUCGUUUUAGGAAAGAAAGAUGAAGAAAUAUUAACAACUUAUGAUCACAAAUAUCUUAAUUUAGGAAUUUAUAAUGCCUAUAAAAAUAAUAAUUUCAGAUAUAGCCAGUUAUCUCCUUUAAAUAUGUUUAACGAAGUUAAUACAAAAAACAAUUUGCCUUCCCAAAUAGAGAUAUAUAGUAAUAUUAAAAAGGAGAAAAAAGAAAACAAUAAUUUAUGUACAAAUGAAAAAUUAAAUAAAAAUCAUAAAAAUGAUAUAUAUGAAGGUCCGAAAUAUGAAUUAAUAUUUAUAGCUAAAGGAGGUGGAAGUGCAAAUAAAACUUUUUUGUUUCAGCAAACCAAAAGUAUAUUAAAUGAAGAUUCUUUGUAUAAUUUUUUAUUAGAUAAAAUAAAAGAAAUAGGGACAUCUGCCUGCCCACCAUAUCAUUUAGCAAUUGUUAUUGGUGGAUUAUCAGCUGAAAUGAAUUUAAAAAUGGUAAAAUUAGCAUCUUGCAGAUAUUUAGAUGACUUAAAAAAAGAUGGGGGAGAAUAUGGAAAAGCUUUUAGGGAUUUAGAAAGUGAGAAAAUAAUUUUAGAAAGAAGUCAAAAAUUAGGUAUAGGAGCUCAAUUCGGGGGAAAGUAUUUUGUCCAUGAUGUAAGGGUUAUUAGAUUACCAAGACAUUCUGCUUCUUGUCCUAUAGGUAUAGGUGUUUCAUGCUCAGCUGAUAGACAAAUAAAAUGUAUAAUAAAUAAAAAUGGAGUAUUCAUGGAAAAAUUGGAACAUGAGCCAAUUAAAUAUUUACCAGAAAUUACAUUUCAAAACUUAAAUCAAAGCAAUGGGAUAAAAAUAAAUUUAAAUCAAGAUAUGGAAGAAAUACUAGAAUGUUUAUCUAAGUAUCCCAUAUCAACUUUGUUACUAUUAACAGGAAAAUUAGUUGUAGCUAGAGAUACAGCUCACAAAAAAAUAGUAGAUCAAUUUAUUAAUGAUAAUAUUCCAAUACCAGAUUAUUUUAAGAAACAUCCUAUAUAUUAUGCAGGACCAGCAAAAAAGCCGGAUAAUUAUGCAAGUGGCUCAUUUGGACCAACAACAGCUGGUCGAAUGGAUGCUUAUGCUGAAGUUUUAAUGAAAAAUAAAAGUUCUUUAAUUUCUUUGGCUAAAGGUAAUAGAUCUUCAGUAGUUAGAAAUGCUUGUAAAAAAUACAAUGGUUUUUACUUGGGAAGUAUAGGAGGCCCAGGAGCAAUUUUAGCAAAAAAUAAUAUUAAAAAAGUUGAAGUUAUUGAUUUUAAAGAUUUGGGAAUGGAAGCAGUACAUUUAAUUGAUGUAGUUGAUUUUCCUGCAUUUAUCGUUAUAGAUAAUAAAGGGAAUGAUUUUUAUAAUAAGUGGAUACCUUAA